GUCACUUAUCUUCGUUACAGCGGAACAGCUACGUAGAUUCCAUGCGCCGGAAAAGCAUUUUGUUUUUGCUGAUGUGUAACUUUUGCAUGAAGUACUUCAUUAUAUGAUCUCAUUGAGGUCGUAAAAUAUUGAUUUUAAAAUAUUUGUCAGUUGUAAAUGCACGAAAGCAACGACUAUUCUCCCGCGGAAAUAAAGCAGUCCUGGAACUAGGGAGUGAAUGAAAUGGCGCCUAAAGGAAAGGUUGGAACCAAAGGCAAGAAGCAAAUCCAUGAGGAGAACAAGGCUACUCUGAAAUUCUACACCAGAGUCAUUAUAGGAGCCAAUACUGUGUACACAACUGUAAAUCUAAUUUUCUGUGACACCUCCUUUUGGACAUGGUUCCCCUUGUUGUUUGCACUGGUGGUGUAUAUUGGCAGCUACAAGUCUAUGGCAUCAAUGGCCAAACCAGCAUUUGCUGAGAAUGGCACUUUAUUGGAUGGAGGAAUAGAUCUCAACAUGGAGCAGGGCAUGGCAGAGCACCUUAAAGAUGUUAUCCUGCUGACAGCUAUAGUUCAGGUCCUCAGCACCCUCUCCUUCUAUUUCUGGUACCUCUGGCUUUUGGCACCUGCUCGAGCUGUGCAUUUAUUGUGGAUUAACUUUCUGGGUCCCUGGUUUUCUGCUGAGUCUUCUGCACCUGCAGAGGAGGUUAAUGAAAAGAAGCAGAAACGACAGGAAAGACGACAGAUGAAGCGAUUCUAGUUACUUCGCUACUUUUUAUUUUUAUCUUCAUUGUAGAAAUAAAGCAACAUUGAUUUGUUA